UUACCAUGGCUCUUACUAGCGACCUUCCUGCAUUAACGUAAGAACUUCCUCUAUUUCUUCCCUCUUGGAAAAAACACUGGAGGCCCUGCCAGAGUACAACGCCAUGAAACAAGACAGUUACGCCAGACGACACCAAGGGAGAGUGGGGUGGUCUCAGCAGCCCUGUGUGACGCCCUCUGUGAGUGGUGGUGGGCACAGAGUGUCCUCAGGGAGGAUGUUUCUCUGGACAGGAAGUAAAGGAGCUCAGGGAUCAGGAGGUGAAAGAAGGACUAUUUAUCAGAAGGUUCGGGAGUAUGACGUGCUAGACAAGAGGAAGACAGUGACAGCACUGAAGGCUGGGGAGGACAGAGCUAUUCUCCUCGGACUCAGCAUGAUCCUUUUCUCUGUGAUGAUGUACUUUGUGCUGGGCAUCACCAUGGUGCGCUCCUACUCAGACAGUGUGUGGACGGAGGAAUCCAGCUGCACUGUGCUCAACUCCACCAUCAUGGCAGAGAUUAACUGUACCUACAGCUGCGGCUCAGAGUGUUGGAAAAGCUCUAAGUACCCGUGCCUACAGGUGUUUGUCAGUCUCAACACAUCUGGGAAGGUUGUCCGACUCUCCCACAACGAGGAGGCACAGGACACCAACCCAAAGUGCUUCUAUGUGCCCAAAUGUCGGAAGGACUACAACGCGAUGCACACCGUAAUCAUGAACAUCUCGGAGCGUCUGAAAACACAGCAGCAGGUGUUGUGUUACACGGACCCAGGUGAACAGCAGGAGAGUGCUCUACUGACACGCAUCUAUGGCCGAGUGGCAGUGUUCCAUUCACUCUUCUGGCCCACCUGCACCCUCAUUGGUGGAACCAUCAUCAUCGCCAUGGUGAAGCUCACCCAGUACCUGUCCAUAAUGUGUGAACAGGUGGGCAGGAUCAAAAGGUGAGCGACAGGGCACAUAGGACAGGGGCCAGACUACAGUAGCAGCACAGCACUGGUCUUCAUUCACUCCCUAGGAACCUUACGGAAACUCUUUGUGUUCCAUUUGCGCUAAAGAGAGCUGAGAGCUGAGAGAUAGAGUGACAGGGAAUCUGGGGGGUUAUAUUCCUCACAUGAUUCCUCUGGUUCGUCUGAGGAAAGCAAUAUGACUGAUGUGUGCUCCCGGCAGCUGUGGCAAGGCAAGUGAAACUCAAUGACUUUGGGGCACACAGAUUUUGUCCUGGAAUCCCUUUUAUGCACCUCUACAAGUGGUACAAUCAUACGAGGUGAUUGCUUUAAAGAAGUGGCCAACAAUGGACCUGAUCUGCCCUUGAAUCCAAGUCAGCUUUGGUGAUCCAUUCACAGCGUGACGACAAGGCAGUGACGACAAGGGAGUUUGACCGAGACAACUGUGUUGAAGCCUUCCCCAAAAUACAUCCAAACUUGGCUCCUCAUGGUACUGGUGUUGGGUAGAGGGUUACACAACUCCAGGCGGCUGGGACGAGUCCAGUCCCCUGAGCAAGCUGUUGACUAUCUAUGUUAUACUCCUGGGUCUGUAGAGACUUCAUUCCAAGCUAACAGUUCAGUAUGGUGUAGCAGUAAUCACAUUUCACAAUAGGUGUCAGUCACUAGGACGCUUAAGUACAAUGCAACUUCCCAGGGCAAGUGGUUAAUACAAAAUGCCUUAAUUUCAGGUCCCAACACUGUGGUAGAUUGCUCAGAGUUUCAGAAAUGAAUUCUACAGGACUUUCUCUGAAAGGGGUAAACAUACUGUGAAGCCAACUACGGUUUCAGGGCCUGGAGCACAAACCCAUAAUGGACGUGAGUCAUGGUGGGUUUUACCACAAAUAUUUACAGAAUGAUGAUUGAUUGAACACAUUCAGACCAAACUAGAUAAAAAUGCCAAUAUUUCAUUCUUGGUUCCAUAAUCACUAUUAUUAGUUUGUUAUUAUUUUGCUGUCACAAUCAUCAGCAGUUUAUCCAUGUCUAUAAUGUGCUAUGCCAUUGACUGUUUGACUUGCUUUCUUAUCAAUUCAUGCAAACCAAUGUAAAUGCAAUUUUGUCUUACAUUCAUAAAUUAAAAGGCAAACUCAGCAAUUACAGUACUUCCCUGGUUUGGAUUUAGUGAUUGGGUUGGUCAAAGUAGUUAAAAGGUUCAAGAGAUGCAUAAUAAACUUAGCCUUAGUAUAAGAGCAAUGUUCAUCACCUGUGAAACCAAGUAGAAUGUACUUGUAUAAUGCCUUAUUUUAUGAUUGAUAGUGUCUAGGUGAACAAUUAAUGUCUUUCCCCCCUUAACCCUACAGUCUACUUAAUAAUGCAGGUCAGCUGAUGUUCUUUUGAAGCACAGGUCGGUCCUUGGGAUUUACUCUCUCCUCAGCUCAGCAGUAUUUCCAGAUAGACCAUUUGAUUUGACCAUCCCGGAGAGACGGAUUUGCUGUGAAUGGUACCUGAAGUGUCUUCAAAGGGCACCUUAUUUAAAGUGCAAUCAGCUGACUAGCUGUGAUGAAUCUGUAGUUGGGGAGUAAUCAGUCACUGGGCCUGUACGUGCCUUCCACAGGGGGUUGGACCCAGCUCUGGUGACAGUAAUUCCUCACAAAUAGACCCUCUGAAAUCGACCUAGCUAUGUUGGUCAGAGGGACAAUUUUCAGUGUAGUGACUUUAAUAGGAAUGAUUAAGAAAAGGAAAUGCAGCCUAAGUCUGAGUGCUUGGUAGAUUGAGAGGGAGAGAAAAUGGUAAUAUGGUAUAAUGUCAUUGACAGGGGAUAAAUGCCCUGACUGAUGCAGACGGUGAUAUGUUCCCGCUUCUUGUACGAGAGAGAGAAUGGUAGUAAGGUACAAUGGCCAUGUAAUUUCCUUUUCUUUUCUUUUUUGUCACAGGACAGACAGUCCUGCUGAGACCCAGAAUGUGCUGUGGGGAUUAUAGAAUCUGUGAAAUGAGACACUAUUCAAACCAAUGCAGUCAUUUAGACCACAUUUUAUACUUUCAAUCAAAAAGUCCCCAAAAAUAACAAGAAUACAAUGCAUUCAGAAAGUAUUCAGACAGCUUGACUUUUUCCACGUUGUUAUGUUACAGCCUUAUUCUAAAAUGUAUUUUUUUUUUUAAAGUAAACUCAUUAAUCUAUACACAACACCCCAUAAUGACAAAGCAAAAAGCAUUUUUGUAGACAUUUUCCCAAAUUUAUAUUAAAAGAAUAUAUAUACCUUAUUUACAUAAGUAUUCAGACCCUUUGCUAAGAGACUUGAAAUUGAGCUCAGGUGCAUCCUGUUUCCAUUGAUCAUCCUUGAGAUGUUUCUACAACUUGAUUGGAGUCCACCUGUGCUAAAUUCAAUUGAUUGGACAUGAUUUGGAAAGGCACACACCUGUCUAUGUAAGGUCCCACAGUUGACAGUGCAUGUCAGAGCAAAAACCAAGCAAUGAGGUCGAAGGAAUUGUCCGUAGAGCUCAGAGACAGGAUUGUGUCGAGGCACAGAUCUGGGUAAGGGUACCAAAAAAUUCCACAGCAUCGAAGGUCCCCAAGAACACUGUGGCAUCCAUCAUUCUAAAAGACUCUUCCUAGAGCUGGCCGCCCGGCCAAACUGAGCAAUCAGGGGAGAAGGGCCUUGGUCAGGGAGGUGACCAAGAACCUGGUGGUCACUCUGACAGAGCUCCAGAGUUCCUCUGUGGAGAUGGGAAAACCUUCCAGAAGGACAACCAUCUCUGCAGCACUCCACCAAUCAGGCCAUUAUGGUAGAGUGGCCAGACGGAAGCCCUUCCUCAGUAAAAGGCACAUGACAGUACGCUUGGAGUUUGUCAAAAGGCACCUAAAGGACUCUCAGACCAUGAGAAAUAAGAUUCUCUGGUCUGAUGAAACCAAGAUUGAACUCUAUGGCCUGAAUGCCAAGCGUCACGUCUGGAGGAAACCUGGCACCAUCCCUACGGUGAAGCAUGGUGGUGGCAGCAUCAUGCUGUGGGGAUGUUUAUCAGCAGCAGGGACUGGGAGACUAGUCAGGAUCGAGGCAAAGAUGAACAGAACAAUGUACAGAGAGAUCAUUGAUGAAAACAUGCUCCAGAGUGCUUAGGACCUCUGACAGGGCCGAAGGUUCACCUUCGAACAGGACAACGACCCUAAGCACACAGCCAAGACAAUGCAGGAGUGGCUUAGGGAUACGUCUCUGAAAGUCAUUGAGUGGCCCAGCCAGAGCCCAGACUGAAAAUAGCUGUGCAGCGAUGCUUCCCAUCCAACCUGACAGAGGUUGAGAGGAUCUGUAGAGAAGAAUGGGAAAAACUCCCUAAAUAUAGGUGUGCCAAGCUUGUAAUGUCAUACCCAAGAAGACUCAAGGCUGUAAUCGCUUGCAAAGGUGCUUCAACAAAGUACUGAGUAAAGGGUCUGAAUACUUAAGUAAAUGAAAUAUUGAAGUUUUUUUAAUUUUUAAUACAUUUGCAAAAAUUUUGAAAAAACUGUGUUUGUUUUGUCAUUAUGGUGUAUUGUGUGUAGAUUGACGAGGGAAACCAUUUGAUAUUUUUAGAAUAAGGCUGUAACGUAACAAAAUGUGGAAAAAGUCAAGGGGUCUGAAUAUUUCCGAAUGCACUGUAUAUCUACUGUACAAAAUAAAGCUCUUUCUAUGUUAAUGAUCGUAACAUGGCUCUGUCAAUUACAUAUUAGCUCAGAAGAGUGAGACUUAAAGGAUGCGUUUUGAUACAUCUGGUUUUUGGCUAUGUUGAACAUUUCUUAUAUGUCACUGUGAAUAUGGAGUAACAUAAAAGCCUUCUAGAAGAGGACCAAAUGGCUCUUCAGCUAAGUUUUUUUUGUUGCAUUGAAACAGAUUAAAGAUCAAUACAGAUUUAUAUGUUA